AUAGUGAUUCCACCAUGCAGCCACACAACCCUUUUUUGCCGUCUGAGCGCUCUGCUCCAAUGCAAGCCAAUACGAGCAAAAGGAUCAUGUCCAACCCACGCGUUCAAACCAUACACAUGAGAGAAAAGUCCAUCCCAAUCGAGACGCCACAAACACUACCUUACCGAGAUGAGCUUCCCUAUCCAGUACGGACCUCAUUUCCCUCGACAGGGAUGUUUCCAGGAUGUUCAACACCAGGGAUUUUCCUCCAGGGAUUUCCAUUUCUUUCGAACUUCGCCGUUCAGCCUGAUGGCUAAACGUCUGUGCUGCGCACAUCACAUGUGCCCACCUUGGGAAUAAAUAAAGAAUAAACCAGGAAAAAUGAAGAACUAUAAUACCUCCCCUAGCCCCGGAUUUCCUCUGGACCCCACCCACCUUGAUUGAUCUCGUCAGACAGUCAGUCACUAUCACCAUCAUGUCGGACAAAGGCGACACCGUUUCGCGUCUGGACAGCGCCAAAGAUGCGCAGAUCCACGGCGUCAAUAAUGCUGCGUUGGCGGUUGCGACGCUGCAGCAGAAGCCGAAGCUGUUGGGCAAGAGUAUGCUUAAGCUCUACUGGUGUAUCGGCGUCGCCAUGCUCAACUCCUGUAUCAACGGCUACGACGGCUCCCUCAUGGGCUCCAUCAACAGUUAUCGCCAGUACCGCGAGUACUUUGGUUUCGAUCCGACGGAGGGAACGCCCUCUACGGGCAUCGUGUAUGCCAUCUAUACCAUCGGGAAUAUAGUGGGGUCGUUUACUGCGGGGCCGUUUACGGAUUUCAAAGGCCGCCGCGUCGGAAUGGCCCUCGGCGCCAUCUUCAUCAUCAUCGGCACAGUCGUCCAAGCAUCCUGCCACAACCUGGGCGGCUUCAUGGCCGGCCGUUUCAUUCUGGGGUUUGGCGUCGCGACGUCUGCCACCGCCGGUCCGGCGUACGUCUCGGAGAUUGCCCAUCCUUCGUAUCGUGGUGCCAUGACGGGUUUGUAUAACGUGCUGUGGUUCGGUGGCGGUAUCCCCGGGACGUUCAUUCCCUGGAAGACGAGCGAGAUCGAGGGGACGAUGAGUUGGCGGAUUCCGGUCUGGUUGCAGAUGAUCUUCUCUGGGCUGGUCUUGAUUUUCUGUUUUACUCUGCCUGAGUCCCCCCGCUGGCUCAUCUCCCAAGACAAACACGAAGACGCCCUCAAAGUCCUCGCCGAAUACCACGGCGAAGGCGACCGCAACUCCCCCAUCGUGCAACUCGAAUACCGCGAAAUGGUCGAAGACAUCUCCAACACGGGAUCCGACAAGCGCUGGUGGGACUACCGCGAGCUGUUCAACUCUCGCGAAACCCGCUACCGCUCCAUGCUAGUCAUUUUCAUGGCCUUCUUCGGCCAAUGGUCCGGCAACGGCCCCGUCUCCUACUACUACCCGCAAAUGCUCCGCGGCGCAGGCAUCACAAGCAACAACACGCAGCUCAUGCUGCAGGGGAUCCAAAACGUGGUGCAGUUUCUAGGCGCAAUCUUCGGCGCCCUCAUCACCGACAAGGUGGGCCGUCGCCCGCAGCUGCUGAUCUCGACGACGCUGGUCGUGCUGCUGUUUUCGAUCGUCACGGCGCUGAACGCCACGAAUGUUGUUGACGGGCCGGACGGGCCGAUCGCGAAGAGCAGCGUUACUGCCCGCGCGCAGAUCGCCAUGAUUUUUGUCUUUGGAUUCAUCUAUUCGGCGGGCUGGACGCCCAAUCAGGCGAUGUAUCCGGUUGAGUGUUUGCGGUAUGAGAGUCGGGCGAAGGGGAUGGGGAUGAAUAAUUUCUUCGUCAACAUCGCCUCCUUCUACAACACCUUCGUGACGGGAAUCGCAUUCUCCGGCGCCGGCUGGAAAUACUACUUCCUGUUCAUCUUCUGGGACACGCUCGAAGUCAUCGUCAUUUACUUCCUGUUCGUGGAGACGAGCAAGCGCACCCUGGAGGAGCUGACUACGAUCUUCUCGCAGAAGAAUCCCGUCAAGGCCAGUUUGCAGAAGGAUGCUAUCUUCGUCGUUGGGGAUGAGGUUACGGAGGUGAAGACCGUCAGUUAGUGCUUCUUGGACCUUGGAUAUCUAGGGUGUAUUGAUGGAUGGAUGGAUGGGUGGGUGGUUGGUUGGUUGGUUGGCUGGGUUUGGAGUUUUUGAAAAUAGGGUAUGAUGGUAUAUACGACCAUUGAUUUGAC